AUGAUACACUUUCAAGUUGUGUACUGCGACUACAGUGGAUCUGGUCGCGCGUUAAACUGGAUUGAGGAUUACAUACAGCGCGAUGUUUUGCCGACACAUGCAAUACGCAGCACUGCUUUAUCAUUUACAUCGGGACAAACGGAAAUAUUCCGGUGUGAAUCGAAGGAUAUAAUUCGCAGAGCAGUAAGAGCCUGUGCCGAAGAUGUGGUGGUCCUUGGGGCAUCUCUCACCCGGUUCCUUAGAACGCUUCAGCCCCAGAGGGUGGUGGUAUUUGUAUCAUCACGGGAAACGGAUGGACAACUGGCGCCCUGGAAAGAAUGCGGUGCUGAAUUAAUCAAGAUACCAGAAACAAAAGAAGGGUUCAUUGACCUUAACAAUUUAGAGCACAAAUUACAAGAGAACACAGGAACGGGAAAGCGAAUGAUCGGGUUCUUUCCCGCGGCCUCAAAACUCACUGGAGUCCUGGCUGAUGAUGUGGCUACCACAUUACUACUUCAUCAGUAUAGGGCUUGGUCUUUCUGGGAUUACACCCUGGUAGCACCAACAUCGGCUGUUGACAUGAAUCCGACGUUUCCCGGCGUCGAAGAAGGCAUGGUGAAAAAGGACGCAGUGUUCUUCAACUGUGAAAAGUUUGUUGGGGGUGUUCAAGGACCAUUUGUGACGGUCUUCAAGCGGGAGCUGUUCAAGAAUACUGCGUUGUAUUCUGAUGAUGUAGAGGUACUAUCAGAAACAAUAGAAGAAAUAAGAUGCGUAGAAGCUAUAAGAGCGGCGAUUGUUAUGCAACUCCGUGAUGCAAUCAGCUUGCAAAUGAUCGCUGAUAAGCAAGACUACAUUACUAGGUAA